UCAUAAAAACUUAAUUUAUGAUGUACAUGAUUUUUCUUUUCCACACAUAAAUUGUCGUAAAAACGCAUUGUUUACCCUGCCGACACAAACCCCAUACACGCGUUAAUACACUUCAGAAAAAGUGUAUUUCUAUGCUUUGUUUAGUGUAAUAGAAAAAUUGUUCAUGUAGUGUUUUUUGUGGUACCCAAUUUUACUAGUUUUUUUUUUAUGAAUGGAACAGCCAGACUUCGCUACCCAAUUGUUUACAAAUGGAAGUACCAGAACGUUUCAUUCAUGGAUUAUUGACAGUUUGAUAACGGUUUAUCACGGGCGUAAAUGGCCGUGUUAGCAGAUGAAACUGGUAUGAAUAGUGAAGAAAAUAAUCACAAAAAUGAAUCUAGUCAUGAAUCUAAUUUAUAUUUUGACAGGCAAUUGCAAAAUAAAUUAUUGCAAGUUGAUGAAGAAUCAGAUAAUGAGGGGUAUGAAAGUAAAUUGUCUAAAUCCUGGAGUAACAUGAAGUUAGUUGGAAAAUCAAAAUCUGACACAAGAAUUGAGGAUAUAAAUGGAUGGUUUCCUAGUGCCAGAUUUGUUGGACGUAGGAAUGAGAUAACAAAGAAUGACCCAAAGCCAGUUAAUAAUUUUAUUCAUCCUUGGAAGGAUUACCGGAUGAAAAAGGAUGAUAGUUUUGUAUUCAAACAUUAUACAGAAUUUAGAAAAUAUAUAGAGCAAUACAGAAAUCAGCAUGGCUGUCAUAUUAAUAGGUUUCCUUCAGGAAAUCAAUUUGGUGAAAUGCGCAGAACAGCAUUCCAGAAUUCAGCGCCACCACAGCAGACUUCAGUGACAGUUCAGCAAUUACAUCAGUCUGGAUUUGCCAACUCUGCUCCGCCUUCAUUCUGUAAUGGUAAUCAUUAUUCCAACAUAUCUUACACUAACAGGAAAGAGCAGCUUGGAACAUUAGUUGCUCCAUCUUCAAACUGUUCUUGUAAUGCCAAGACAAAUAGUACAGAUUCAUCUAGUCAGUCUCAAAAGUAUAAAGUGAUUCCAGGACAAUUUACACGAACACAUACGAGCUAUGAUCUCAGACACACUGAUUCUGAUAAUUCAAGUGAAUGUGGGGAUUUGCGUUACAGAACUCCUAGCCGAAGAACUAAUUCUGCCUCAUCAACACGGAGUAGAACUGUCACUGGGAAGACACCAACCAAAAUUACUGUGCCUGCCAACCCUAAUACUCGUGCCUAUCCAGUUCAAGCACUAACUAUUGCAUGGCGCCUCCAACGUGCAUUAAAGGCUGGAUACCAGAGACAGCAGAAUGGUAAAGCAGAUGUAUGUCCCUCACCUAAACCCCUGGAUAACCUCAACUGUGUUGCUCCUGAAAAACAGCCGACAGUCGUAGAUAGAAAGAAUGUUGAUCGGAAUUUAGAGCUAGCAUUGCGGGUACACAGCCUGAAUGAUCUACUUACCACCAAUGAGGCUCCGCUCAGGGGUUAUGCUUUACCAAAAAGUAUGCCCCCAAACCCCAAUCCCAAUAACAAAUGUUUAAGAAGUCGUCCAGAACUUGAAGGACUGACCUGGGCCGAGAAAUUGGAGGUUUUACGUUCUGUUAACAAGCCACGCGAUAAACCCAAGAACAAACAGCAAAAACUGAAAUUUGUCAAGGCCGAUCCAAAGGACCCAGUGUACGUGUGGUCUUUCGAGCAUGAUCAGUUGUAUGAACAGCGUAGGAUCAAGCACCUGGUGGAACAAGCUCGAAUCAAGGGAGGCAAGCAGUUUGACUGGGUUUAUGAAGCUCAGAUCAAUUCUAGAGAAAUAGACUGGGACACAGGAAAAGAUAAAGAGCAAGAAGCUGCAGUUAGUGGGGAUUCUAGUGACGAUGAGGGGGCAGCAGGGGAUAAAAACCUGGGAAAAUAUGGUAUAUGUGUACCUCCUAAAGGUGUUAAACAGAGACUUUUUAAUAUGCAUGGUGUCAAUAGGUCAAACACAUAUAUUGCCCCUUAAUCUGGUGCAGUCAGUCCUGUCAUGUGAAUUGAGACCAUCUAAUAUAUAAAGAACACUAGUUUUAUACAGGACUUUAUCAUCUGCAGUUAGAUUUUUUUACCUGUGAAUACAGACCGCAAAUAUAGGCCACUUUAUAUAUGGGCUUUAUAUACAGGUUUUACUGUGUAUUGCUGUGUCAGGUUCAUUAUAUUGCUUUCAUGAUAACAUGGUGUAAUAGCCAUAUUUCAUAUCUUGUAACUGGAUGGUAAUAUUUAAAUGAAAUUUGGUCACUUUAAAGACAUUCAAAAUUAAAAACUUUUCACCAAGAGAUUUUUCAAAUUUUAUCAUUUUUGGGGUAGAUAAUCGGUAUUGAAGUUAACAUUGAUGCCUAUGGGAAAUAUAUAAUUUCUUUGAUUAUGAGAAUCUGAACUUGAGAUUCGAGAAAAUUUUGCGGUAGAAAGCUGCAUUAUAUGAUUCUGAUACAAAUAUCAAACAAAAUCUAAAAUUCCCAAUAGGGAAAAGGAGAAAAUAAUUUUCUUCUAGUUUUCAGGGGAGAUAACUCAUGAAAAACCAAAAUUAUCAGGGGAGGUAAUCUAAAGGAAAUUUUUGAGAACUUCUGUCACUAUAUAACUUGUCAAUAUGCACCUUAUUUCUAUCCUUUGACAUUUUUAGCUCGACUAUUCGAAGAAUAGUCUAGCUAUUCUACUCACCCUGGCGUCGGCGUCGGCGUCGGCGUCACACCUUGGUUAAGUUUUUGCAUGCAAGUACAUACAGCCAUCAGUGAAAGGCAUAUAGCUUUGAAACUUAUUUCUUCUUUUUCUAGGUCAAUUACCAACCUCUCUGGGUCAAGUCCCAUAACUCUGACAUGUAUUUUGAGCAAAUUAUGCCCCCUUUUGGACUUAGAAAAUUUUGGUUAAAGUUUUACAUGCAAGUUACUAUCUCCAAAACUAAUGCAGAUAUUGAUUUGAAACUUCACAUGUGUCUUCGGGUUAUAAAACUAGUUGAUAGCAGCAAGUCCCAUAACUCUGACUUUCAUUUUGGCCAAAUUAUGCCCCCUUUUGGACUUAGAAAAUUCUGGUUAAAGUUUUGCGUGCAAGUACAUACAACUAUUUCUAAAAGGCAUAUAGAUUUAAAACUUAUUUUUUCUUUUUCUAGAUCAAUUACCAACCUCACUGGGUCAAGUCCCAUAACUCUGACAUGUUAUUUGAGCAAAUUAUGCCCCCUUUUAGACUUAGAAAAUUUUGGUUAAAGUUUUACAUGCAAGUUACUAUCUCCAAAACUAAUGCAGAUAUUGAUUUGAAACUUCACAUGUGUCUUCGGGGUUAUAAAACUAGUUGAUAGCAGCAAGUCCCAUAACUCUGACUUUCAUUUUGGCCAAAUUAUGCCCCCUUUUGGACUUAGAAAAUUCUGGUUAAAGUUUUGCGUGCAAGUACAUACAACUAUUUCUAAAAGGCAUAUAGAUUUAAAACUUAUUUUUUCUUUUUCUAGAUCAAUUACCAACCUCACUGGGUCAAGUCCCAUAACUCUGACAUGUUUUUUGAGCAAAUUAUGCCCCUUUUAGACUUAGAAAAUUUUGGUUAAAGUUUUACAUGCAAGUUAUUAUCUCCAAAAAUAAUGCAGAUAUUGAUUUGAAACUUCACAUGUGUCUUCGGGGUUAUAAAACUAGUUGAUAGGAUCAAGUCCCAUAACUCUGACUUUCAUUUUGGCCAAAUUAUGCCCCCUUUUGGACUUAGAAAAUUCUGGUUGAAGUUUUGCGUGCAAGUACAUACAGCUAUUACUAAAAGGCAUAUAGAUUUGAAACUUAUUUUUUCUUUUUCUAGAUCAAUUACUAACCUCACUGGAUCAAGUCCCAAAACUCUGGCAUGUAUUUUGGGCAAAUUAUGCCCCCUUUUGGACUUUGAAAAUUCUGGUUAAAGUUUUACAUGCAAGUUACUAUCUCCAAAACUAAUGCAGAUAUUGAAUUGAAACUUCUCAUGUGCCUUCGGGGUUAUAAAACUAGUUGAUAGCAGCAAGUCCCAUAACUGAUAUGCAUUUUGGUCAAAUUAUUCCCCCUUUUGAACUUAAAACUCUUUUGAUAUUUAACUUUUUUGGGUAAUAUUUUCCUGCUUCUGGGUCAAUAUUUCGAAUAGUCGAGCUUGGCUGUCUUACGGACAGCUCUUGUUAAAGCUUACAUUAUCAAGUUGUAUGUACGCUUUUGGUGAAAUUGAAGCCUAUUACACCAUGUUAUCCUUAAUAGGUGAAAAAUGUACAUCGCACCCUUGACUUAUGACAGUAAACACAAGCUGCUAGGUCACAAGGGAAUGGGUUGAGUGCUCAAAGUUAUCCUGGGUCCAGAGUGAUUCAAGCCCUGUUUCACUGAAUAUUAGCCCUUAUCAUGCUGGACACAAUUGCUGAUCUGCACUGUUUGCUUUUCAGUCGGUAUCUUUUUGGUAAGCACCCCAUUUAACAGUUAAUGGUACUGUCCAAAUUGGAAGAUGGACAAGUUCAUUCUAGAAAUAUAGCAAGUAAGGGUUAAUGUCAGAUUCAUACAUUACACCUUGAUAAUGUGCAUUUAAUAAUUAUAGCUGAAACCUUGAUUUGUUGUAUUAAUAAGUCAAAUUUAGUUAAUUUACAAAUGUAUUAUAGUAAUACAAUUCGUCAGUAGGUAUGCAUUUGGACACUAAACAGUUCUUUUUUGCAUUUGUUUAUUACUGUAUUUAUAAAAUUUCAGUACCAUAUUUCAAAUAUCUCACACAUAUAUUACAUGCUAAUAAAUGUUUAUAACUGCCAGUUUCAUAGUGAAAAAAGUACCCACUUAACCUGUCAUUACCAGUAUAUUCAGCAAACUUUAUUAAUAGACUUUCAAGGUUGGCUAAGUUUAUGCAUGUAUGUAUGACAUGUUGGAUGACAUGAACUGUUUUAACGCCAUUUUUCUUUUAUGUUUAAGCCAUUUCAACAACCUUUUCAUCUUGCUCAGUAUUCACAUAAUUGAAAAUUAAAAGGAUAAACUGAUUGUUUGAUUUUGAAAUUCAAAGCUCAGUUUUUAUUAAGAACUUUAAAUAUAAGGAAUGCCAGUGCACUUUUGAGAAUAAGAAUGUGUAAAGCAAAAAGUACGUCUUAAAUGACCAAACGGUGUAGAACAAGUCUUUCCAGCACCAAUGAACACAUUGGAAACUCCUGUCGGGUAUGCAGGAAAAUACUGUGAAAUCAUUAAUAUUUGUGGGGGACUAAUUUUCGUGGUCGAGCCAAUCCACGAAAUUUAAUCCCAACGAACAAGUAAAAUUCCUAUUCAUUUUAUGUUCAAAAGUUGAAUCCACAAAUUUAUAUCCCCACGAAAUUGUCGUUUUGACCAAAACCACUAAAUUUCAUGCCCACGAAAUUAAAUGAAUUUACAAUAAUCAUCUUGAAUAGAAGAAUUUUAACUGCACUUUAACUGUAGUAUUUUUAAUGAUAAAAGGCUCUUAAUUUGUUGUUCACAUUGAUUUUAAAUAUUUGUGAUAUGAUAUACUGUGAUAUUCAAUACGUGAUUUACAAUCAAAUAUUAUUUAAUAUCAGUUUAAGUACAAGUGUUUGAAGAUGCGUUUUUAUCAGCAAAAUUUUGACUGAAAUUAUAAAUAAUAUUAUUAUUUUAUUUCUUUUUAUGUAAUUCUGUGCUGAAUGGUUUAAAAAAAAGAGUCCUAGUUUAUUUAUGGAAGGUCCUGUAAUGUAUACUUCAGCCUCCGUUUCUAUUGACCAGUGUAUAUAAUACAUUUAAUGAAAGGCUUGCCAAUCAGUAGUCAAAGCUAUUACCUGAUGUCCCAAGGACCUAUGGAAAACAAUUAUGACUAUUGACUGGUAAGCCAUUCAUUCAGUUUUGAAUAUGGACCAGUCAAAUUGAACCAGCGAUUUAUGUAAGGAGUCAUGUUAUGACUUUUCAUAUUAUCUAUAGUGCAGGUCUGGUCUAUUUAGCUCUUUGUUAACCUAAGCUCCUUCAUGCAAUCUCCUUUAUUAUUGUCUACCACUACUUACUACUUGAAGUUGAACUUAAAAUUUUGGCUGUUCUGAACAUUUCUGAAAAAUAAAACUUGAAAGACAUAAAACAGCGACAUGUACGUAUUAUCUAUAGUUUGUAGAAAAUUGAAAUCUGUUGAUAUGUUUGCCUUAUCCUUGUACUUUGCUAGGUCUAUACACUUCGUAGGGAGACCACAAGACAACUUUAUCAAUUGUCCAAUCCUUGUGUUGUUUCAGAUUUGUGGUGAAGUUGACAGUUAUUCUUCAAAAGUCACAGUAGUGCUUGUGUCAAAACCAGGAGCACUGGUCAUGUUAUUUGAGCAAUGUUCCAAAACAAAUGCUGUUAAAAAAUUGCAAUUUACUUCUAUGAAACAAAUAAACAAGCAUUCCUAUCUUCUGGUUACCCAAAAUAUUUUCCUGUUUUACAUUUUUCCACAGCUUCAUAGUCAAGUUCCAUAAGAUAGUGUUUAUACAUUUUACCACCUACCCCACACAUCUAACCCCAGUGCUGAGACUGUCCUGAUAUGAGAGAUGAAUAGACCAGACCAUGAUAAUUGAAUUUUUGCAUAACUUUAUUUUGUAUAAUCAUUGCCAGUUGAUUCUUGUUGGAUUUUUAACAUUGGACUAAUUGUUUUAUGAUAUUUUAUGAAAUAAAUACAACUCUACUUGUAUCAAGGGAGAUAAACUUGUA